AUGGACUGCGAAAAGAUCGAAAAGGUCGAAAAGGUCGACGCUGAGAAAUAUGACUCAGAUGAGACAUCGCCACACACGAAGGCGCCCCCUCGUCAAGCCAAAGGCGAUGGAAAGAAGCCGAAGGCUGCCGCCCCCAAGCCUAGAGGAGAGAAGCCGACUGUUGAAACAGAAGACCAAAAACUCGCCAAGGCCAUCGACAGGAUUGACAAUAGAGACUUGACCAAGGCACUCUUGUUCUUCGUGGCGCAAAGAUUCCCCGAGGCACGCAAGAUGAUAUUGAAGGCUGACAGGUUGUCAAUGCUACACCGCAACGACUCCACGAUCGAUCCCAACUACUUUGCCAAAAAACUGAGCGUGGAAGAGGUGCUGGCGAGAGCCAUCCUCGUCGGCCGCCGCGAAUCUUUCAUCUCGGACAUCUUCGAUGAUGCAGACACGAUAGACAUCCAGGAAGAAAUGCCGCGCGACCAGCCGAACGAACACCCUCCUGGCACUGACUACCCUGCUGUCGACAUGUCGAGUAUAUCGAUCAUCCGGGACAACCAAACGUGGAGAAAGACCGCCACGUUCGAAGCACCGUUCCAGAAAGCCGAAAAGGCAAGCGAAAUCACCAUCCCGCGAGACGCGGACGUCAUGAACAUGGAGUAG